AUGCUCAUUGGUCUACUGGCUUGUCUGGGUGCUUGUCUUCUCCUCGGAACUCUAUUCGUUCCAAUUAAAGCAUGCCCUCCUACAGAUGGAUUCGCUACUCAGUUGUUCAUGUGUCUGGCUGGAUAUAUCGUUAGUUUUGCGAUUUAUGUGUAUAUGGAGUUUCCUGGAAUCUACAGUUUGGCGAUGGUUGGAGGAGCGGUUUGGUCGGCUACCAAUUCCUUCGCUGUCCCCAUAAUGACUCAUGUUGGAAUGGCAAUGUUCAUGCUAUUCGCUUCCUCCAUAUCCUGCCUAACUGGAUGGGCAAUAUCCCGUUUCGGUCUAUUCGGAGUACCUCCAUCACUUCCAAUGAGCAAUAUUCUGAAUUAUUCUGGAAUCGCUCUUCUUAUUCUUGGCUCAGCAAUAUAUCCAUUCAUAAAAAUCAAUGUUUUCCGAGCAGUGAAAGUGAUAGAUCCACAUGUAAAAGUAGUACCAAUGAAUCAAUUAGAAAUGGAAGAACGACAGCAACAUGCCGAGAAAGAAGACGUCGAUAUGAAUGAUUCGGUGAGGAAAGUGGCGGCGUGGAUUGGAACAAUACUUGUUGGAUUGUCGUUGGGUGUCAUGACAACUCCAGUUACUCUGUUGAUGACCCGCCACGACAUCUAUCCACUUUCCACUGAAAUCAAGUCAUCCGUCUCGUUUCAUUUCUCGUUUUUCACCGGAGUAAUACUCGUUUCCAUUGUGAUUUUUGUUUUCUAUUGUCUGGUGAAAAAAGGAAAACCAGCGAUUCCACCAAGAAUAGUGCUACCUUCGAUGCUCAGCGGUGUCUUCUUCUCUUCUGCGAUGGCUUUUUUCUUCAUUGCAAACGAACAUUUAUCGCCAACAAUUUCUUAUCCGAUCUGUAUGAUGGCUCCGGGUUUGGUGACUUCUGCAUGGAGUGUCUUCUACUUCAAGGAGAUAUCGGAGCGUCGAAACCUUCUUCUCCUCGGCGUCGCCUACAUCUUCACACUGAUCGGCGUCCUAGUGAUAACUGUUUCUCGUAUCGUCCAGUUUUAA